UCUGGUUCAAGACUAAGCGGUUCAAACACGUCAUACAUGGUGACUAAAUUCUAUAAUUGGAAUUCGGGGAAUUCCGAAGACCAACCGAAAUUACACGUAUUUUGAAACGUGAGGGUUCGUGUAACAUUUCACGUUUCCAAUUUCCUAAAUAGGAAGCCUACCUCAUUAUGCUGAUAUUGCAGUAAGACUAACAGUUACACCAAAAUGGUUCGAAGAAUCUGAACAUGGCCCUUAAAGCUACGACAGUAGAUCGAUGUAAACGAACACUACACGAAAUAUGGCGCUAAAAAGCUUACAGUACCGCCAAACUCUCAGUGACAUUGGGAGAAGACUGACCGACACGGACAUGAGAUCCAUUCGCUUCAUCUGCAAAUGCGUCGAUGGGAUGACCAAGCGAGAUCUGGAGGUGGAGGAACCACUUGAGUUCUUUGAAAAACUUGAAGAGCGGGGUGUUCUCUCUGAUGAUGACACAGGGUUCCUUAGGGUACUUCUGGACAUGGUGCAUCGGAAGGACUGCAUAGCCCUGCUGGAACGGUACCAGUGUGGGUUGAGGAACUUUGAGGGUCCCAGUAUUGGUCAACGGAUGCCUGUACAGGUUGAUGACCAUGACGGACACUCCAGCUUAUCAGGCCCUGCCAAUACCGUAACACAGGGUCUUGGGAACAGGAUGGCACCCCCCAUAAUGGACACCAAUAUGCAUGCUGGCACCCAUGAGCCUAUAGACUAUCCCGAUGGUGCAUUUGUCCAGCAAGGAGCAUCCCGUGCGCGUGAACACAGAGGUAUGAUCCAGCAAGUAAGAGAGAACACCUUGGGUGAAGAUUUGUCCGAGGUCUUCGACAUCGUCGCGGAGGAAAUCGGAAGGGACUGGCGGCAGCUGGCCCGUAAACUCCACCUGACCGAGUCGGAGAUCGUACGCAUCUCGGAGGACCACAUGAGGAACCUGCGGGAGCAGGCCAUGCAGUGCCUGCUGCUAUGGAAGAAGAAGAUGCGUUGCCAGGCAACCAAGGCGGCACUGGUGGAGGCCCUAAAGAGGUGUAGGAUGCUGUAUAUUGCCGACAUGCUCGAAGGCUGCCAGUUCAGAUGAGAGCCUGGUCUUCAGCCAUGAUUUUCCUGGUUAACAUUCUGCCUCAUAGCUACAUGCGCGUGGCAGCCACACGUCAGUAAUCUGUAAUUUAUUUGUAACUUACAUUACAUGUAUGUAUGUAUGUAUGUAUCAAACCACAUUCGUAUACGUAAAUUCCUAUUUAAUUUUAAAGCUUCUAGACAAGGAAAACUACUUGUCGUUAUUAUGGUUGGCAAGUACCAGUAAGUUUUAACCAGCAACUGGCAGCAUAGUGUCAGCACAGUUGGGCUUUUUCAUUGUUUCUUUGCCAUGACGUCAUUAUGACCUCUCCUGGUGCAUAUAUCUUAAAGUGCGGUGAUAUUGGAUUUAUUCAAGAAGAAAUGAUUUUUCAGUACCCGACCCAAGUAGCGAAAUGUUAGAAGAGUUGUGUUUUGAGAACUGUACAUAGAUUGCUGACACGAUAACGCAAGAGGGCGCACUCUAGUAGAUUCCAUUCUGAACCUUGCUCUCUCAGUGAUCCAUUAAGGCGUUGUAUUUUAUUUACUCUCGUUGACUCUGGAUAAAAGUUCCCUCCUCAGUUCACCAGACAAGCUAGUUUUGUUGUACCAAUUGGAGAGUUCGAUGAAGAACCACCAGUUGGUUCGUGAUAUGCCUAGCGCAUGUGCAGUGAAGUGGAAGUGCGAAUGACUCCAAUCAACCGUUGUCAGGUUGCUAGGCCGAAGGACAAUGGGCUAGUCGCAAAUAGUUGACUAGACUAGUCCAACCAUGGUCGACUACAUGUAGCUUGCGUUCCAUUAAAGUUAGUCGAAGUAUGGUUACAUGUAACUAUGGUCUUUGAUAGAACUUGUCCAGAGCUGUCGUAAUGUACGUUUUAUGUAUAUAGGUUGGGUAUCUUUUGCCAAUAAAAACAUGUAUUUCACAAGUUUCCUGAAGCAUUAAAUUCUAGCACAACACGAUAAACAGUGGAACAUGUUUCAGAUCGUUAGCGGUCUCAGAAUUUCACCAUGUCCAUGUAUGUACAUUGCACACCUAUUGUACGAUUACCCACUCAUGAAAUUAAGGAAGCCCUAGGGCUUUAUGAACACAAGUGGGACAUGUCCGAUUCUCUCUCUGGCUAAGGAAAUAGCGCCCUCUCUUGAUCCAGCUCAAGGCUCAUUAACUUACAGUUCAGAGAAUGACGUUUGUACUAAAGAACCUUUUGUUUCAUUUUAGUAUGGCUUAGAAAACAGAAACAUGCUUUGUCUAACUGUUCAACUGUAUUUAUAUUGAGAAAGUUCUACUUAGCUUCUACAUAGCUUUGAAUUAAACAGCUUGGUGUGAAACUGCCGAGUGAGAAAUGAAACCGAAAA